CUUUAAUUAAAAAGUUUAAAAAAGCAUGGGCCGAACAGAACUCCCCAAUUUUGCUAUAAAUAUUAUUCCCAUCCUCACGCUUUAACUCCUCACAGUUUUCAUCACACUAGACUAGUCUUCACUUUCCCAUUUAUUCCUUGCUUAGUCACAUAUAUGCACUGAUUAUUUAAUUAUUUUAAUUUAAUAUAUUAGAAAAUUUAAUUGUUGAACCUCAUAUGAGGGGAGUGGAAAAUUCUGGACACCUGACUAAAUUUGAACGAAAAUAUCAACAAUUAGAUGGAGGCUCCAUAUCACAGUGCCCAGCCGGCUUCCCACGGCGGCGACUCCCGGCCGUCCGUCGGAUUCCCCCUCGGCACCGCCCUUUUGCUCGUCGUCAUUUUCAGCCUCAGCGGAAUAUGCUCGUGCUGCUACCACUGGGAUAAGCUCCGCCGCCGCUCCUUGUCCUUCCACGCCACCGCCGAUCUCGAGGCCGCCGCCUCCGCCGCCGUUCUCCGCCCCUCGAAGCCCAUCAUUCCACUAAUGAAUUUAAAACAGCAAGAGACGCAGAGUUUGCCGGUUAUAAUGGCUGGGGAUAAUGUUCCGAAAUUCAUAGCUUUGCCAUGUCCAUGUGAACCGCCGCGAAUGGUGAAAAUUAUCGACGCCGAUCUGCAGAAACCGCCGUCGCUUGAAGCUGUUGGUGCACACCACUGUAUACACCAUCCAAAUUCAAGUUUAUUCAAUGUAUAUAUAAUAUAAUAUAGAUUCCUGCAGUUCAAUCAAAAUAUUUUUUUACUUACUAUCUAAUUUCUGUGCUUUAGGUUUUUUCUAUAGUAUAUUUUAUUCUACUCUAUUUUAUUCUUCAAUCAAAGGUUAGGCCGUGAAUAUGUUGUUAUUUGAACCAACUUAAGGAGAGAAUUAAAUUAUUACUUAAAUGGCUGGAGAAAUUGUUACUGCCAUUGAUUUUUGAGUGAGUUCGAUGAAUUUUUCCUGACCCAUGGUAUUCUAUUUUUUGAGAAGCAGGUUGAUGGUAAAUUUAUUUUAUAAGAGUUUGGUAAAAGGCAAUGUUCUAAAAGUGGUGAACUGAGGCCUAGCACUCUGGGCGUUCAGGCAGAGUCGAGAAAUAAUUAAUAAAUUUAUUUAUAUUUAUCAUCAUAUAUAAUUUAUAAAAUACAUUAGAUAAAAUAUUUUAAUUUGUAUGAUCAGAUACAUGAGUUAGGCAAAACAUAAU